AUGGAACAAGAUAAAGACACUCUCUUUACAAAAGAAUUUGAUAAUUGGGAAGAAUUUCAAAAAACAUUUGAAUAUUGGUGCAUUACUUAUUAUCAACUAGUGAAUGUUAAACGUACUUCAAUGAAAUAUAACGAAAAACUAAUGAAAGAUUUAUUUGAUCGUUUUCGAUACCAACAUGUAAUGUACGUAUGCCAUCAUAGUGGCCCUAUUAGAAGACACAUAAAAGAUGGUUCAAGACCAAAUGAAGAAUCCGCUCGAUUAGAUUGUCAAUUUUAUUUUAAAGUUAAACAUGAUACUGAAAUUAAUAAAAUUAUUUUUAUGAAAAACAAGAACUUAACUCAUAAUCAUCCAUUAGAUGAAAAAAUUUACAAGAAUUAUUCAUUUGUUAGAAAUAAAAAAUUAGAAGAAAAUAAUGAAGCAUAUGAUUUAUGCAAAACGCUAAUUGCUGCAAAGACUUCAACAUAUAAUAAUCGAAAAUUAAUAAGUGAUAAAUUUGACAUUAAUUUAACAAGAAAAGAUAUAAAUAAUUUUAAACAAAAAUUAAAAUUUAACUUAGUUGGAGAUAAAAGCGAUCCAGAAUUAUUAAAAACAUGGAUUAAUCAAAUAUUAAAUGAUAACUCUGAGAAUUCUGUUCAAAUUAAAAUUAAUGACAAUGGUGUUUUAGAAUGUUUAUAUAUUCAAACUUCUCAAAUGAAAACAUGGUUUAAAAAAUAUUCAAAUAUCGUUCAUAUAGAUUCGACAUUUAAAGUUAAUAUUGAAAAUUAUCAAUUAUAUAUAUGUUUAGUACAAAACGCUAAUUUAAAAGGUGUACCUGUUGCUUACUGCUUAAUGAAACUUAAUGAUUUAUCUGAAACACAAGUUGUCAUGAUUGAUAAAGAUUUAACAAAUGCUGGUAUUUUACAAGAUUAUUUUGAUAAAGCAGGAACAUUAUUAUGUGUAUUCCAUGUUUUGAAAUAUUUAAAAGUUCAA